AUGGAGAACGUCAGUUUGGGACUUCCUGCAAUAGCUCUCCGAGGCAGGACACCCCCUAAUAAUGUCUGCCAGAUACAAUCGAAAACGCAGGGAUUGCGCAUCCCCGGACUCAAAGAGAUGAAUUCUUCCGGGACGAAUUCUCGUUCGAGGCUGCCGAAGCCAGGCGCAAUUGCUAGCAAACCCACCGCAGUGCCUCGUGAAGCCGACCCGUACGAGGAGUACCACCGAAAGCACACGGACAGGCGCAGGUACGCUGUCCGCGACACGAUCUGCGACCGGAACGACAAAAUCCCAUACCCGCGCCAACUCGUACGCAACCUCUUCCACCUUGACCAGAUCGGCCUCAGCGGCUCCGCGACCCAGAGGCCCGCUUACAUCGUCGACUAUUGGUCGCCCCAAGACCUCAAUGAGUACCUCCCGGAGACCGAACGGAUAUUCAGUCCCCCGACCAGCAACAUCCCUAGAUACCCAUCAAGAGGAGCGCAGCUACGGAGGACUAGGAAAACGUAA